AUGUCCGCACACGUGUGGUCGUCCCGACAUCUCGCGACUCCUCCUCUUCUGGGGAUCUGUGGGUCUCACAGACUGGGCCCUAUGUGGGUCCGUUGUGACUUCUUGACCGCGACACCGGGCCGUACGGCAAUCGUCCCAGCUACGGAGCUAUCCGUACAGCCCGUCUCUCCCUCCACUGCGACUAUGGCUCUGGAUUUCCGGAUUCCGGGCAUGUACAAGUUCUGUCCUCUGUGGCCGCUUGGGCCGCUCGGGCGGCUGCAACAACAAAAACAGCCCACGGCCGCGGCACCGCGAACGUCCGCUGCCACUUCUUCUGGUACUGCCGGUGCGGACGCUGCGGUGGCGGCGGCGGCGGGCCCGGCGGCGGCGGAGGAGCCGGCGGCGGAGGAGAAGAUGACGGAGGCGGCUCGGGAGGUCGCCCUGGCAGGGUUGUUUGCGGACCGGGUCGCGAUGCGGCGGACCGUGGCGCGACUCUCAGAUAGCCGGGUCAUCGUUGUGGGUCCCGGCGUCGUCGCCUGCGUUGUGGGCCUAAAGCCCCUGCCAGCCAACCCCGCUGCGGUACAGCGCCUCCGAAACACCUGGCUAGCACGCUUUGGCCUGCGGCUGCCGGACGGCCUCGGGGGGUUUAUAGCGGAGGUGGCCGCCAGCCCGGAGGCCGACCCCGACGACGCACUGGACGUGCCCGGGUGCUGCUUGUGGACCGCCGGCGCCGCAACCUCGGGCGCCGCGGCCGCCGCAGCUGGGGGGCUUACGCCGGUUCCGCCGGCUCAGGCGACAUGCAGUCAUGAGCAUGUGGUGGAGCAGCUGGUGAAGGAUUUGGUCCUUGCGUCCUGUACCUGUGGCGGCGCCGGCGGCGGCUUUCCGUUUUGGGGAGCUGCCGGCCUUGCGGCACGGAUGGAGGCGCCGCCGGGUGCUGAAGCGGCGCUGGCGAAGCGCCAGGCCGUAGGUCCGCCGGUGGCGGCGGCGGCGGCGGCGGUGGUGGCGGGGACUGCAGCAGCAGGGACGGCGGCGUCCGCCCAGCCGCCGCCAGUGGAGGAGAAUACCGGGUGGACGGCGGCGGUGGAAGUGGUAGCGUCGGGCUUCCGGGCGGCAGUCUCCUUAGCACCGGCGGCACAAGUCCUCCGCCGUACAAUCGAUCCGGACAUCAGCGGUGCAGUCGACGCCGGCGGCGCUACAGGCAUGUUUGACGCCGCGCUGGCGGAGGCGCUGUACGGCAAUGAGGCUGACGGCACCGGCGGCGGCGUCAGCGGCGGCGACGGCGGGAGCCUAGCGGUACGGGAGGCGAUUUUGGAACGCAGCAGUGACGAGGCACUUCGCGCGGCGGCGGAGCUGAGGGCCGCUAACAGAGUCAAGGAGAAGGCGUUCUGGGAGCGGCACCAAGGGUUUGUUGCGGCCCGGAAGGCAAGUGGUAACGGUGCGGCGGGCAAGAAGAAGUCGCGAGCCAAUACCUCCUACGAGCCAACCUUGGUGGCUGCGCCAGCUGCGGCUGUCGCUCUAGAAGCGGGAGAGGAUGACCUCGGGUGCUCAUCUCGCGCAGCUGUCUCGGAAAGGGGCGAGGCUAAUCGUACAAGGUACGGCGGCGGUGGCAGCGGUACCGCUGCCGCCGCGGCCCGCUGCGCGCCGCGCGUGCCGCAGUUUGGUUCGUCCGCUCUAGGGCUGUCGCGAAGUACUUUGAAAGCUGGCGGCGGUGCUGCUGCGCGGGCGCUGCUAAAGGCCGCAGGGCCGGCGGCGGCGGGCAAGAAGGCUUCCGCCGCCGCCGCCGCCGCCGCGGCAGCCACCAAGGCGGGAGGAAAGGUCGCUGGCGGCGCCGCCAAGACCGCAGCGGGUACGAAAACCAAAGCCGCCAAGACCGCCAAGGCGGCAGCGGUGGCGGCAACGGGAGCAUCGGGGGAAGCGGCGGCGGAGGUCGGCGGCGCUGCGGCGGCGCCCAAGGCGGCGGCGAAGCGUGCACCCAAAGCCGCGACGGUGGGCGCCGACGGCGCUCCCAUAAGGAAGCGUGCAAAGACGGCGGCGGCGGCGCCACCGCCGCCGUCGGGGCCGCCUUUGGCGCCUGCUGCCGCGGCAGACGCGCCUGCUGCUGCCGCCGCGUGUAUUGUGCAGCUGCCGCCACUUGCAAUGCAUGACGGCGCCGUACCGCCGCCGAGUCCGGCAGCUGCUGACGGUGCCGCCGCUGUGGCGGCCGGCCUAUGCGAUGACGUCAAUGUGGGUGACGGCGAGGAGGGCGUCGUCGUGCAGCCGGCGCCGGUACCCGUGGCGACGGCUCCCCCGACAGCGGUCGCAAAGAAGCCUUCUGCUGCUGCGGCGGCGGCGGCAGGAAGGAGUGCAAAAGCCGCCGGCGGCGGCAAGCGUUCCGCAGCGGCCACGGCGGCGGCGGCGGUAGCCCAGGAGCAGGCGUGUGCAGGAUCGGCGGCGGCUGGAUCGGCAGUAGCCGUAGAUCCAGCGGUGACGGGCGGCGGCGACGUGGCGGCGGCGGCGGCGGCCGCUGCCACUGCCGCUGCCGCCAAAGAGUCCCGCAAGCGCACCAAAGCCUCUGAUUUGGACUUGGCGGCAGUGGAAGCGAAGCACAUCAAAUAUCGUCGUCAUCACAAUCAUGGUGAUGGUCGCAAAAUAGCGACCAUAUGUCGUGGUCCCCAUUCCAUAUUUUACAUUCCGUACCCCGUACCCGUACUACCCAACCGCCGUAUUUUUUUCUGCCGCCGUGUUUCUGAGCCGCAGGUAUCCGCUGCGGCAGCCGCCGGUCAUCUGAGCGACUUGACACUGCCGGAAAUGCAGUGCUGGCUGAGGGCCCGGAAGGCGCCUGUCAGCGGCAAGAAGGCAGACGUGGAGGCGCGUUUGGCGGGGCUGCUGGGAGUGAUGCCAGCGGCGGCGGCGGCGGCGGCGGUGAAAUGA